AAAGGAAGGUGGCGAAGGGAGGAGAGUCCGAGUGGGUGGAGGGAGGGGUAGGGCGGGAGAAGAAAAAGGUGGGAGGAGAGCCAGGUGGGAGGGUGGCGACUCACUCAGGACCCAGUGGGGGCAGCGCGAUGAGGCGGGUGACCCUGUUCCUUAACGGCAGCCCCAAGAAUGGAAAGGUGUGGGUCCUGGAAAGCGGAGGACUCGGAGGGCGAGGGGAGGGCCGCUAUCACCUGAGCGCUUGGUGCUGGUGUUCCUCUUUCCACCUCCUCCCCGAAGACCCUGCUGCCCCCCACCCCUGGCUGUACGAGGGCGCUCGUUGCCACCUUGGUGCUGAGUAAUGGUCUGCUCCAGAAAGUGGUGGUUAACAACUAAGGCAGACUCGGAAGGUUGAUCAGGUAGAAAGAAUAAAACUGCCUGUCGGUGGAUAAGUCAAAUAUUCUUCUAUCCUAGGGCGAAUAGAAGAUUGAAAAUUAAGGACAUUUGCUUGAUGGUUCCUACCUCUCUAUCUUGUAGGCGCCCCAAGCCCCGCCGCCGCCAAACUUACGUACUCACUUUUUUAUUUCGCCUUGUUUUAUUUAGUUCCUUAGGAGACUGUCACAAUGGACCGAAGUGGGUUGAUUGGAUUACUAGUUGCUGUGUUAGGCCUUUGUUGAGGGUGUGGUACCAAAUGUUUUUUCCAAGGCUGGAGCAAGCCAAAAUGAAUUCCGUUCCUUCUCAAGCCUCUUGCCCCACCCAUGAAACUUGUUCGGCUUCUUUGGAAAAUUUGACUGUUCAAGGCAGACAUUUAUGAUGUGGCUAAAUGACAUCUAGAAGUAACUAUGCCUUAGAGUCUAAGGUGGUCGCUGUGUAUGGAACUUUAUCUGAUUUGCUUUCUGUGGCCAGCAGUAAACUCGGCAUAAAAGCCACCAGUGUGUAUAAUGGGAAAGGUGGACUGAUCGAUGAUAUUGCUUUGAUCAGGGAUGAUGAUGUUUUGUUUGUGUGUGAAGGAGAACCAUUUAUUGAUCCUCAGACAGAUUCUAAACUACCUGAAGGGUUGUCAGGAUCUCACACAGACUGGCUAACCUUAAAUGUUGGAGGGCGGUACUUUACAACUACACGGAGCACUUUAGUGAAUAAAGAACCCGACAGUAUGCUGGCCCACAUGUUUAAGGACAAAGGUGUCUGGGGAAAUAAGCAAGAUCAUAGAGGAGCUUUCUUAAUUGACCGAAGUCCUGAGUACUUUGAACCCAUUUUGAACUACUUGCGUCAUGGACAGCUCAUUGUAAAUGAUGGCAUUAAUUUAUUGGGUGUGUUAGAAGAAGCUAGAUUUUUUGGUAUUGACUCAUUGAUUGAACACCUGGAAGUGGCAAUAAAGAAUUCUCAACCACCAGAGGAUCAUUCACCAAUAUCUCGAAAGGAAUUCGUCCGAUUUCUGCUAGCCACUCCAACCAAAUCAGAAUUGCGUUGCCAGGGUUUAAACUUCAGUGGUGCUGAUCUUUCUCGUUUGGACCUUCGAUACAUUAACUUCAAAAUGGCCAAUUUAAGCCGCUGCAAUCUUGCACACGCUAAUCUCUGCUGUGCAAAUCUUGAACGAGCUGAUCUCUCUGGAUCAGUACUUGACUGUGCAAAUCUCCAAGGAGUCAAGAUGCUCUGUUCUAAUGCAGAAGGAGCAUCCUUGAAACUGUGUAAUUUUGAAGAUCCUUCUGGUCUUAAAGCCAAUUUAGAAGGUGCUAAUCUGAAAGGUGUGGAUAUGGAAGGAAGUCAGAUGACAGGAAUUAACCUGAGAGUUGCUACUUUAAAAAAUGCGAAGUUGAAGAACUGUAACCUUAGAGGAGCAACUCUGGCAGGAACGGAUUUAGAGAAUUGUGAUCUGUCUGGCUGUGAUCUUCAAGAAGCCAACCUGAGAGGUUCCAACGUGAAGGGAGCUAUAUUUGAAGAGAUGCUGACACCACUGCACAUGUCACAAAGUGUCAGAUGAGAAUUUCAGCGCUGAAGGAAGAAGUCCAAGAUGCAAAAUAUUUUCCUUAUCAGUUUUUUUUUCUCCACCCACUCAGUUGUCUAGAAGAAAUAACACUGUAAGAGAAUUUAAAAACAAAAACAAAAACAAAAAACCAUUUAAAGGAUUAUGCUUGUUCUCAGUGGUGCAUAAAGGAAAAAAGUGACUUUUUUUCCACAUUCUGGUUUUAAUGGAGAAGCGCUCAUGUAAUAGAUGUAGGGAAGCUAGAUUAGCUUGCUGCCUUUUGAGUGGAGGUAGGGGGAUUUUCCUGGCUUUAUGACCAGGAAUAGGAUCCAUUAUAUUUGCUUUUAAAUAGGCAUGAUGUGGAAAUACCAUCUUGGUUUGAAAUGUACUUGAGGAUUUUAAUUUAUGAAAAGCACAACAUAUGCAAUUAUAUUUAUUGAAUCUUUAGAUGCAGUAUGGAUAUUUAAAUUGUUAAACUUUAUGAAAAUUUUGCAGAGUUCAGGUUUAUUAAUAGCUUUAGUGAUGCACUCCCCUACUUUAAAUACCUGUCACGCUGUGUGAAUAUGGUGAGAUUAGAUUCCCCAAGGCUCUCUUUUCAGGCUCAUUUUUAUCAUGUUUAUUUUUUAGAACAAAGCAGUAGCUAAAUUAAAUCCUCCGUUCUUACUGAUUGAGACAGAGUGAAAGAAAAGACAUCAUUAUCAGCUCAAGUUAAGGUGGAAUUCUCCAGAUGGACAGUCUCCAGAUGGACAAAGAAUUUACCUAUUGCUACAGCUUUUAAAGAGCAUCAUUAGAAUUUCAUUCAAAGCAGGUUCCAUUCAACGCCAGACCAGGCAAUUUUAUCAAUUUACACUACUCGCCUUGUUUCUUCCUGUAUAGUCAAAAUAAGCAUAGGAAGAUAUGUCAGAACCAAAAAACCAAGGUGCAUUAUUAAUAUUAAUUUAAUUCAAAUGCCAAAUAGUUUAAACAGGGCCAGCUUAGAAAUAGGCAUAAAUCCCAGUCCACUGCAAUCCAAGCUAUAAAUAAAAUAUGAAUGAGUAUGGCAAUCAUCUUUUGGACAUCACCAUAACUGCAGCUAAAACCCUACAGUGGGGAAUGAGGGGAUUUUAAACUGACAGUUUGAUUAUAGCCACCAAAAAACUGAAAUAAGAGUAAAGGCAUUUGGCUGGUCCAAGAUGUAAUACCAAUCAGCACCUGUCUUUGACAUCUAUUUUCUGGUUUCAUUUAAAUCAAUUCUAGACUGAUUUUCUCGAGUCCUCAUCUCUGCAGUAGCAGAGACAGGGCCUCUACUCCUUACCAGUAACCCGUGUCCUUUUGUCUGCCCCAAGAACAGGGAUAUAAGCUGUGUCCAAAUAGGUUCUGAAUUCUGCAGACUCAUCAGUUUGAAGCAAUGAAUCAUUCAAAACUACUUUGUCUCCUCUGGGACAUGUCUUCAAUAUUUACGUAGCUUCUUCUAUAUACACAUAUGCAAAGCUUUCCUUAACAGUAAAAGGUACAAUAUGCAUAGUGGGAGGUCGGACCUUUACCGGUGAGGGAAAGCAACUUCAGAAAUGAAUUAUUUUCUUUGCUUUAUUAUUUUUACCAAGACAGAGAAGUAUUGUAUUGAGAGAUAUCUAUUUUCAUAAUCAAUAUGUGCCUAAAUUAUAUUUAAAUCAUUUCACUCUGUACUAUAUAUUUUCAAUAAUUAUAGAACGUGUUGUUUAUCCACUUAAGGGUACCUCUGUAGACAUAACUUAAAACUGCAGAAGAAUCCGAAAGAGCUAAACGUGGUAUGCUUAGAAACUGCAGAUUUUGGAUCUAAUGUAUACUGCAUUAAUAAAUGAUGUGAAAUGUUGAAAA